AUAGAUGACACGAGCAGCUUAGAUGCUGCAAGACUUAAGAUAAAUGAAGAAUUCAAAAAUAAUAAAAAUGAGACUUCUCCUGAAAAAAUAGCUGAGUUUAUAAAAUUAGCUUCAAAUGUGGAAGUUAUACUUAGAACAUGUGUCCUACAAGGUGUUUAUGUGGAUGCCAACAAAAUAAAGCUUUUACCAAGAAAGGAGGUGCUACGAGACAAUGCCCCAUACUGUGACACACUGAAGCAAAACACAUGAACAGAAUAAAACUUUUGAUUAAUUAACAAUGCCAUGUAAUU